CUCUCUCUCUCUCGGCUGUCCUUGACGGUGCUCUGUGGCAGAGCAGAGCACUGUAGUGCUGGGUUGUGCAGGAGGAAGCAAGCAGCCAGUUUUUGCCCAGUGGAUACAUACUGUUCUGUCUCUUUCAACACUGCUGCCGUUAUCCGGGAUACGCAGUUGGCCUGCCGUGCUGCCAGGGGAGACGAGGGCCGAUGCCAGUCUGCCAUGUCGACUGAGUGCCAACCUAAGGGGAUCGCGUUUUAAAGUGCCCAUUGCGCCAUGUCUGCCACACAGCUGGAGGAGACAGAAAAUGUUUUUGACCUAAACGAGGCCAUCCCAGAGACAGAGCUGCUGGACAACAGCAUACAGAAGGGGCGUGCCCAGCUGACCGUCAAAGCCAGGAGGCACCGCCCAUCUCGCUCUCGCUUCCGAGACAGCGUCAGUUCCACAGAGGGAGAUGACAGUCUGGAGAGGAAGUGUCUGGACAGCCCUCUGCACUCUGUUCGUUCCCCCCUCCACGCCACCCUGCGAGGAGGCUCCUCCCCUUCGCCUGAUUCGCUCCUCUCCUCGUCCUCCCCUUGUCCCACCUUACGGAGCCCCGUCUUCUCCUUCGACACCUCCUCCUUACGGCGCUCCCCGGAGGAGGGCGGGACCGGGUCGCCAGCCCCUCGAGGGCGGUACCGCCAGCUGACCAAUGCCACGUCUCAGGAGGCCCUGGUGACCACACCCAACAGCUCUCCCUCCAAGUCGUGUCCCAGUUCGGACUGCUCGCCUGUUUACAUUCGACGGGCACGACACCCAGACAGUGAGGUGUUAGUUUCAGAUGACAGUCGAGACACCAGUCCGGCCGACCCCGGCAACAACAGCCUUAUCUUCGACAAGAAGACCAAGAGGAGGUUCUUGGACCUGGGGGUCACAUUGAGACGCUCCUAUGUGAGAGUCAGAAAAGACAAGUCAAACAGACUGUCAAUGGGAAGCCGGGAGCCAUCUGAGAGCCCGUCCAGGUCCUCUGGCUCGUUCGUGCCUUUCUCCUGGUUCACUGACAGCGCCAGGGGCUCCGUGUCGUCCGAGGCAACCCCGCCCUGCUCCCCCAAACUGGUCUCACAGGACUGCAGCCCCCGCAAGUCCAACUCCCAGGAGUCUGCCCUGAGUGAUGAGUUCUCUCCGCCCCCCCGUAGUCCUCCCCACGCCUCCAGUGGGACCACAGCCAACUCAUCCUCCCGCUCCUCACAACGCUAUCAAACCCUCUCCCAGUCCUCAGACGAGCCUAUAGACGAGCCACUGUGCCUGGUUUCGUCGUGGAGCACCCAGCAGGUGUGCCAGUGGCUGAAGGGGUUGAACAUGGAGCAGUACAUCCCAGAGUUCACUGCCAGGGACAUCGACGGGGAGCAGCUCCUCCUGAUGGACGGCACCAAGCUCAAGGGUUUGGGAGUGAACAGUUCGACAGACCGCAGUGCACUGAAAAGGCGGAUCAAAGACAUUCAUGCAGCAGCGGAAAAGGAGCGCAAGGCCCUUGACAAACUGGAACGCCAGAAAGAGAAGCAGCGCAAGAAGGAACAGGAGCUACGCAAGCUAAACACAAGCUAGACAUAACCACCAGAUGGCGCUAAAUGACCACAGAAAUACUCCUGACUAGAAACUGGUACUGGUGCACCAUCUCCAAUUUUCACCUUAUCAUGAUAGCAUUGAUGCUAACUGUUUUGUGCAAAAAAUUGGAAUUUGGACAUAGACUUUUGUACUGUACUUCCGGUUUGGAUGUGAGGCUUUGAACCCUGUGAUGGGCGGGACAGUGUGUUGUCUAUCACUGUCACAUGAAAAAUAACAGAAUGAAAGCUCCAUGCUCUUCAUGUCAAAGGGCUUUAUUUUAGACGCAGUUAUGACAAUACAUCUAUAAUCACACACUAUUUCUUCUUAAUUUGGGAAGUUGGAGGACAAUUUUGUUCACGGCAGGACUGUCAAUAUCUAAUUUGUGUCCCGAGUUGAAAAAGUUUAAGAACCCCUGUUUUAGACCAAUCAGUGGUUGACGCCACAUGAUAGGUCCCGCCCAUAUUGGGGUUCAGACGUCACAUUCGCCCUGGCUAUGAAAAAUGUGUUCUUCUUGGUCAAUCAGGAAGGUUAUCCACCCUUGUGGAAAAUCUGACUCAUAUUUUGUUACUGGAAAUGAGUAUGUGUUAUAUGUGACUUCUACACACAUUCAAUACAUUGACAAAGUCAUUAUUUUCCCAUAACUUUUGACCAUACACACAUACAUUCUAGCAAAUUACACACUAUCAAAACCAAACCCAUGGCCUGAGUUAUUAUAGAAAUAAUAUAAUUACAGAAAUUAGCAUUUAUUUAUUUUACAAAUAAUAUAAUCACAGAAUUCAGCUUUUUUUUUACUCAUAAGCACAAGCCAGUAACACCCAACCACAUUCAUAUUGUAGUAUGCAUCAAUACUCUGUAAGCCACUCUAAUGUCAGUGGACAGGAGUUAAACUUGAAGUAACAUGAAGAUUUGUCCAGGACAUCGUCAAGAGAAGAUGCUGAUGAGACAGAUGUGAUUUCUGAGCAUAUUUGUAUAUACUGUCUGUUUGUGGUGUACGUGCAUGUUUGUGACGUAUGAUAUACUGUCUGUUUAUGUGUGUGCAUAUGUGCUAUCUGAGGUCACGACUGUAUGGGGAUGGGACUGGCUCUCCUGAAAGGAGUCUUCUGUGGUGGCCAUUUUAGAAUUAUGGGUGUUGUCAAUCUUCUGUCUCUAGUCCCACGUUGCACCAAUCGUCAUCUUAGAUGUUUUUGUCUUGAGAGUCUCCAAGUUUUUGGAUCCUGCUGGAACAAGACAAGAAAGGCACAUCGAUCAUCUUUGGAGGAUUCAGGGCCCCGUAUAAGGACUGAUGCUGGACAUGCUAUCGAAACCGUAUCCCCAUUUUACCCAAUUUUCAUACUGAAUUCUUGGACUGGUUUGUGGUCAGAAGAACCAGUGACAUUGACAUUAGCUCCAAGUUUUACACUACAUGGUCCUUAGGACUCGUUUCUUGAUUUCUGUCCUCCCAUGAUGCGGUUGCUUCAUUAAUUUCAACUCCUGUGUCAAAUGGAAAUAUGUAUUAAAUAUGUUUUAAAAUGCAGAAUGCAUGUCAGGACUCCCAAACCUCUGCUGCUGCUGGUCUCUCAACUCUGGUCUCUCAGUUCAACAUGUGGGCUGAUUCACACUCGGUUUGUACAACUGAUAUGCAGCGCAUCUGACACAUCAGGGGUGUGGCCUUGACGCUAGGGUUUUAACCCUAAC